AUGAUCAAGUAUUGUGGUACGGCGCAUCAGAAGCAACACUUGAAACAGCACAAACCUAUAUGUAAGGCCAUACGGGACGUGCUGCAAACCUGCAGCAUGGAAGACGUUGAUGCAACGCCAAAGGAGUACUGUGCUCAGAAGUUAAAGAUGAUUGGCAUGGUGACAGAAAAGCUAGGACGUCCUCUGGAACAGUAUGAGCUAGAUAUGAUAAGCUAUCCAGAGGAGUGCGCCGUCUGUUACAAACGGAAUGCUAACUCGCUCUGGCCUUGUCAGGAUUGCGUUGCCAGUUACUGUGAAGAUCACAAAGACGGUAUCGAGCACAGGAAUAUCUGUGCAACCUUAAGUUUAUGUUAUUAUAUAGAUCUAUUUGAUAUGAGCCAGUAUAAUUAUCCGGAUCAUUAUUCGCAACAAGUUUACAACACGAAAUCGUUUCGGGAUAUGAAGGACUUUAUAAAUGCUUACGGGGGUAUUGAGGCCGACCCAGAAAUAUCGUACGAUGUUUUGGAAGCCCGGCACUCGCAGCAUCUAACGUGCCCCUUAACAUUGUUUCAUGCCAUGCGAUUAUUAGAAUAUGUUCCAGAACGCAAAUAUCUUCAUGUCGUUCAUGUUGUAAGCGCGGGUACCACAGAGGCGAUCAGGUUCACAAUAUGGGAUGUCUUGCUACAUUUGACAGACAUGUCAUCACUGGCGAUUAUAAUUAUAGGGCCGGAAUUAGAGCAUAAAGCACCCCCUCUCAAAUAUACGUCGCAACAGAAGAAGUGGUCGAUUGAAUUUUACGAGGACUCGUACGAGAACUACGUACGUGACCCGUCGUCCUUGAGACCUGACCUGGUCGUGGCAUUUCAAACGGAUAUGUAUGAAGAGGAACUCGAUUCCCCUAAAGAAACGUGGGCAACGAUCGUACGGCUGCUGGCGAACCAAAAUUGUCCGUUCGUUUUAACGGAUUUCAAGCGAAAAAAUUUAGAAAAGAAUAUUGUAAGUAUUAACGCUAUCCUAGAUAAGGAGAUAGAAAGUCUCUAUAUCGGGGAGAAUCCGUUCGCUUGUUUAAGACCGUGUAAAAACUUCGAACCGGAGAAAGUGUUUUAUGAUAAUCAAUAUGUAGUUGUCUACAGGAGUCUCUAUCCGCAUUAA